AUGUACUCUUUCUCUGUCUCCGUCUCGUUUGGUAGCUCCAAAUUUUCGUUCCCCGGUCUUAGCUCGCAAAUACCCAACGAACGUGAUCAAACCAGCGACAGUGGCCAACAGAAGCAAAAAGACGAAACGUAUGUCUCCCAGGGAUUCGUGAUUGGCGCCUUCCUGGCCAUCUUCUUCGCCCAGGUUGGGGUUAACUUCCUGCAUGCUGUUCGAGCCGGCAGACGCAGACGACGGUUUAUGGAAAUGCAGUUUCCGCAGCCCUUGCCCCAGCGGGAUCAGGAGCAAGACCGUGCCUUCAAUACAGAUCCUGGGAUCAAUACGAAUGCUAGAGAGGAAGGUGCACGAGAUGAUGCGGAGGGACGCCCCGUCACAGGAAACGCCCCUAGUGUUGGAUAG